AAAUUUUACCGAUCGAUAUGGCCGGGAACUGCUUCCCUUUCCCUUUGUGUAUUUCGUGCCAUCAUUCAAAGCUCGCAGUCUGUUAACUACGUCUGCUGUGUGAGUGUGUUGGAGUAUACGACGAGUUCAUCCCUUUACCAAUUACAGAGUGUAUAAGUGUAGUUUUCCCCCUGUUGGCUUUUUCCAUUUUCCAAUGUUGCUCGUCAAUUUCAGAUUAUUUAUUCGGUAUUAAUUUUUUUUUACCAAAGCUUAGUCUCCGUUGAUAAGUUCAUUUUAAACAAUGAUUUCAAAUUAAUGAUACUCGACGAAUGUUGUUCUACAACAGUUUCGCGUUCAAUUAAUACCUACUUUUUUUUUGUUCGAGUUGUUUUUCGGUGGUAGAAUGAUGAAGCAACAUGUUGUAAGCUCUUAGUGAAAGUUUGCAAUUUUGUGAAAGUGAAUUUUGAUUUUUUUCAACGAACGGACGCCAAUAUUGACGAGUAUGAAUUUUUUCAAGUGAAUUUUUUCUCGUCGGUAUGCGUUGACUGCGGUAAUUGCUGUAUUCGGUUUUUGAAGUCGUACGCGUAACAUAUUGAAAUUUAGUUACCUAAUUAAUAUGGCUUCGAAGGUUUUAAUUUCGUUACCAACAACUACGUCUUUCCAAAGCCCUUCGCAGAUUGGCUGUGAUCGGAACGACUAUAUUCCGGCACGUAUGACGAAUAACGAAUAUAAUAUUCGGAAAAGUACAACUUCUUCGAAAGAUCCUCUUUUAAGAAUUGACGAAUUGGAAAAAAAUAUCAAAUUUUUAAAAGAUGAACAAAAACGUAUGCUGUGCAGCUUGCAUAAAGAAAUCGCUUCGUUGCAGUCGAAAAAUCGAGAUUUACUAUACCAACUGAUAUUCAAAUCAGAUUGCGACCUAGAAUAUCAAAAUGCCAUUAACGAUACAGAUGUUAAAUAUAUUUUAAUGAAUAAUAUCAAACAUAAACAAACGCAGCAAAAUGAUUCGGUUAAAGAUACGAACGGUUCGAUAGAAGAAAGCUACGAAAUGAAGUACACUAUUGAUCAGCAACAGAGGGAAAUAGAAUAUUUGAAAGGACAGUUGGAACUGGUCGCUGUUCGGAAUAAAAAUCAAAACCACGAAAGUCGACAAGUAGAUGGCUACAUUCGUGAAUUAGAAGAUAAGAACAAAGACCAAGAGAAAUUAGUUCGAUUAUUACGUAAGGAAAACAAGGAUCAAAAAGCAGAGCUUGAAAACUUGAGGAAAACUUUGAACAACAGCAUACGAAUAAAUCAUAACCCUCAGAAUAUUCAAAUCGCUCAUCACAUUCCUCAACAAACACCACUGUUUCCACCAGUCGGAGCACCACCGUCAACAUACUGGUGUCAGAAUCGACCUAUACCAAUCGAUUAUCAGCUGCAGAGAACUAGCGUCAGUGCGAACGGUAACGAUAGGGCCUCUGUUUCUAUACCAGGUGUUUCGUAUACUUUGCCUUCGGUGUGCAAUUACAGGCAAGUAGCAGUUACCGCACCGCCGCCGCGUUUUUACAGUAACGCUAGUUAUUUUUACAGCGUAGCUCAAAGACCGAUGCUUAGAAGUAAAUCGUAUUCUAGUGAAAAUGGCAUUCGUUCUCCGAAUCGAAAUUUGCCAAACGGUUCAAAAGUUUAAUAGUUCAUUUUAAUCAAAUUUUAUGUGUUUUCAGAAAGUCCUUGAUGUUAUUACUCUUUAUUUUAUUUACCCAUAUAAUACCAAUUUUUAUGUAUAUACAUUUAUGUUGCAUUAUAGAUGUUUUAUGUACGGCUAA